GCUGGGUCGUGUCUUGCUCGCAGCUUGUCCUGUUAUGAAGCAAAUUGAGAACAGGGCUAUACUAGGAGACUAGGUACAAAAAUGAAUAUGACAACAGAUUCACUCGAAAACAGAGACUCGGAAUCUGCAAACGACCAUGGCGGGUCUGAAAGGCCGUUGGUUGGGCCGAUUGAGACAAUACGGCUUUAAACAGACUCCAUACCGGGCCUACUCGGCACCCUCAAAUGGCAUUCCCGCGGCCAAGAAGAAGUAUGUCCCGACAAAGGGGACCUACCCUAUCGGGUUCCGGGCUUCGGGCACAGUGGUCGGCGUCAAGCCGAGCAACACGACCAAGCCGGACCUGGCCCUGUUGACGUCGGACGUGCCGUGCGCUGCCGCCGCUGUCUUCACCAAGAACAAGUUCCAGGCAGCGCCCGUCACAUUCAGCAGGAGCCUUCUGCAAAACAAGUAUAACCAGGGAAUUCAAGGUGUCAUCAUAAACUCGGGGUGCGCCAAUGCAGUCACCGGUAAGGGCGGCCUGGAGGAUGCCGCCAUGAUGGCCCGCGAGACAGACAAGUGCCUGGGCCAGAGCGACAGCACCAUCGUCAUGAGCACCGGUGUGAUUGGACAGCGGCUGCCCAUCGAGAAGAUCAUCAGCAAAAUCCCAGCAGCGCACGCGGCCCUGGGCGGAUCCCACGAACACUGGCUGACGGCCGCAAAGGCCAUCUGCACUACCGACACCUUCCCCAAGCUCAUGUCCCGUACCUUUACUCUGCCCUCCUCGCCGGGCGUCGAGUACAGGAUAGCGGGCAUGACCAAGGGUGCGGGCAUGAUCCACCCGAAUAUGGCCACCCUCUUGGGUGUCAUCACGACGGAUGCGCCCAUCUCGUCGGCUGCCUUGCCCUCAGUGCUCAAGUAUGCCGUCGACCGUUCUUUCAACAGCAUUACCAUUGAUGGAGACACAUCUACCAACGACACAAUCACGCUCUUGGCCAAUGGUCUUGCAGGCGGCAAGGAGGUGACAGAGGGUUCGCCCGACUACGACGCGUUCCGCACCGUGCUGACCGACUUUGCGGCCGAGUUGGCACAGCUGGUGGUGCGUGAUGGCGAGGGUGCUACCAAAUUCGUCACAAUUCGCGUCACCGAGUCGGCGAGCGAGGAGGCUGCCAGGAGGAUUGCCAGCACCAUUGCGCGAUCUCCUCUGGUUAAGACGGCACUGUAUGGCAAGGACGCAAACUGGGGACGUAUCCUGUGUGCUACCGGGUACUCGCUGAUUUCUGAGCCUGGGCAGCCAGUCAACGAAGUCCCAGAGAUUGAUCCUGAAAAGACGAAUGUUUCCUUUAUUCCCACUGACGGCACUGCCGAGCUGAAGCUCCUAGUUAACGGUGAGCCGGAGAAGGUUGACGAGGCGAGAGCUGCUGAAAUAUUGGAGCUCGAAGACCUUGAGAUUCUGGUGAGGUUGGGUCUGGGUGACAAGCAGGCCACCUACUGGACUUGCGACUACAGCCACGAGUACAUCACAAUCAAUGGCGACUACAGAACGUAAAAAGCCGAAAGCAGUAACAGGGUCACUUGAGUGGUCAAUUAGAAUAAUAUAUAUAUAUAGGGAGCUAUCCUAGUCUCCCAUCAUCAUCC